AGUAUUGUUACUUUUUCAGUUCUGAAAAUUGUUUAUAAUGUUGGUCCUACGGACUGGUGUGGCCGAGCUGCACUAUUUGGACGAGGAUGGAACGGUUGUAGGGGAUCCUGUUGACGUCUUCAUGGUUCAAGAUCAGAUCCCGACAGCGCCAGAAGAUGUCAAAAUAUUUUUCCAGAAAGACGCAAUUACAAAAAAGCAGGCUAGUUUCUACUGCCUGCUUUGCCAGACUUACAUCAAUAAUCUGUACGGUAUGAAAGAUCACUGUGCAGGAAGAAAACACAAAAACAAUCUGGGGAAACUCGAGCAGUCCGAUAAGCUAGAAUAUGAUGGGUUGGUUCCUUCUACUUCAAUAUCAAGACUAGAUACACCCUCCCCCUCAACCAUAGAGCCCUCAACCUCCUCCUUACCCAGCUCUAAACCUCUGGAGAUUAAUCCCUACCACCAGGCAUGGGCUGGAACUGCUGAGGAUUGUUUGACCCUUGUAUCUGGUCCUGGAGUAGCCGAGUUUCGAGUAGAGAAUAAAACUGUAGAUGCGUAUGAUUUCCAGCAAGUGCAUAAAGUUAUUCCAUUCGGAUUUUUCAGGAAAUCAAGUUCUGGUUUCAACAGCAGCUUCCACUGUAUCGUCUGUGAUAUAUCUCUUACUGAUCCUAUUCAGAUAAAGAUUCACUGUGCGGGACGGGAACACUUGAAGAAUGGUAUGGAUUAUUCCCGCAGGAAACUUGGUGUCGUUCCCGCUAAAGUUAAAGAUGUUCCAGCGUUCCAGUCACUGGUGUCCGUGAUGCAGUCUGCCAAGGAACCAUGCAUAGGACUAGAGCAUCUGGAAGAGUGGUGGGAAAGUAGUGGAAACGAGCCUCCUAUAUACACCUGUAAACUAUGUGAGGUUUGGGGUCCGUGUGCUGUGAUUUACGCGCACACGAUAAACGAGACGCAUCGCCGGAAGCAGCUGAUUUUCCGGUUUCCAGUCUUAGCAAAGAUGAUUUCCGCCAUGGAUAGAAUUGAGUUGUUAGAACGAGCAAAGGAGGAAGAGGAUAAACAUGGUGGAUGGGAGAACAGAAACUACAAGGAUAUAAAGAAUAGAACAGAUGAUAUUAAAUAUGCUGCUCUCAAGAGAAUGAUUUCUGGAAGUUGUAACCCUGUUGGGAACCCAUUCAGUGCUGAGGAAUUAGAGGACGAGGUUGCAGACCUAGCUCAGGCUAAACGAUCCUCCGAGCACAUCCAUUCAACCUCCGAGGUCGGCUUGGGCAAUCCUGGGCCUUGGGAGGACAGAGGUCCUCGAGGUCGGGGGUUUUCAGACCGAGGUAGAGGAGGUUUUGUGGACAGAGGCAGAGGUUUUGGAGACCGAGGUCGGUGGUUUGGAAAUAGAGGUCGAGGAUUAGGACGGGGAGAUUUUGGUCCAAGGGGAUGGAGAGGAGGUCAUCCUCGGGAAGUUCCACGUCAUCCUGAACCUGGAUUUAGUCGGGGAGGUCGAGGGUUUGUUCGUGGAGGAGCUGGACAUAUCUCUGGAACAGGUGAGGGUCCUCUGUAUGGUAGAAAGAUGAAUGGAGAGUUUGAGAAGUAUAACGAGGACACCAGGAUACCGUCCUUGCAGGACAGGGACAUGUUCGUUCAAGACAACUUCAGACACAGGGUAAAUAUUAUUUAUACAGAACUGUCAAAAAUAGUUUAAAAUU